AUGUCGAGGUCUCGUCGUCGUACCAAGCUCCGCAACGACGACGACGAGGACGGUAGCGCGUCGUCGACCAUGCUCACCGAGACAGCGACCGGGUGGCACGUGCUCAAGGUCGAGGGCUACUCCGAAAUCAAUGGUCUCGGCGUCGCCAGGCGCCUGAAAUCAUGUCCGUUCGUCGUCGGAGGGCACACCUGGUGCAUCGCAUACUUCCCCGACGGUCUCACCGAGGACACCGCCGACUGCAUCUCUUUCGCCCUACGUCUUGAAGAUCGUUGUGCCGGGACCGGGAGAGAGGCCGUCAUGGUACGGACUACGUUCAGCCUGCUCGACGUGGCCGGAGGUCCGGUGCCAUCUUUCACCGUACCAUGUGGUGUAUGGACCUUCUCGAGAAUAGGCCAGUCAUGUUGCCACGCACGGUUCAUGGAAAGGAAGGAAUUCGAGUCGUCCUACGUCAAAGACGAUGAGUUCUGCAUAAGGUGCGACGUGACAGUCCUGUCGGCAGGUGCGCGGCCGCCGCCGGACCUGCGCAGGCAACUCGGCGACCUCCUCGCCAGCGGGGACGGGGCGGACGUGACGCUGGAGGUAGGCGGCGAGUCGUUCCGCGCGCACAAGAACGUGCUCGCCGCGCGGUCGCCGGUGUUCAAGGCCGAGUUCUUCGGCGGACAACACAGGGAGAAGGUCGCGGCGAGUGUAAGCAUCCAUGGCAUCGAACCGAGGGUGUUCAGCGCCAUGCUCCACUUCAUCUACACCGACUCGUUGCCGGACAUCGACGACGGCGACAGGACGGCGAUGGCUCAGCAUCUGCUCGUGGCCGCUGACCGGUACGGCAUCGAGAGGCUAAAAUCUAUCUGCGAGUAUGUUCUCUGCAGCUUUGUCCACGCGAGUGCAGUGGUGACUACGCUCGUGCUCGCGGAGCAGCACGGUUGCCAUCAGCUCAAGGAGGCGUGCUUCAAGGUCCUCAAGUCCUCGGCCAAUUACAAGCAGCUUGUGGUAGGGAAGACUUUCAAUAUCUGGCAAGCACUUGCCCUCUCUUCUCCAAGAGCUGCGUGGACUUGA